AUUCUGGGUAAUUUUUCAACGUGUAGCAAAUAUAUGUGAGUCGGAAAUACAGCAACAAUAUGCGUUGCGAGAAAAAUACUUCGAACCAACGGACGAAUACCGGUUUAUAUACUUGAUGUUUGGUUGUUAAGUUCUUUAUUUUUCGGUUGAAGUGAGAUGGAACGGAGGUAGGGUAUGUGGAAGAAGCUAUCGAGUGGUUAUCGUGGAAUAAUAGACUGAAAUUCUCAAGACUUAUUCAAAAGGAAGAGGAAAAUAAAGAGUGGAUUUCCAAUCAAGAUCACUCUGAUGGUUUUAUAGAGGAGGAGUAGGAGGAGGACUUGAUUCUCACAGUGAGCUGCUUAUAGCAGCCUUCGACCACAGAGUCACCAUGGUGCUCUCACAAAGACAGAGAGAAGAGCUAAACAAAGCUAUUGCAGAUUAUCUCCGUUCAAAUGGCUAUGAAAAAGCCCUUAUGGAAUUCCAGAAAGAGGCUGAUAUGUCUGACGAAUUGGAACGAAAAUACAAUGGUCUCUUGGAGAAGAAAUGGACUUCGGUUAUCAGAUUACAAAAGAAAGUUAUGGACUUAGAAAUGAAACUUAACGAGGCAGAAAGAGAAUUCAGUUCAGGCGGUCCUAACAGGGAGAAGCGGUCACCAACAGAAUGGAUACCUAGACCCCCGGAGAAGUACGCACUAACCGGUCAUCGUAGCCCUAUUACUAGAGUCAUCUUUCAUCCCGUCUAUAAUGUCAUGGUGUCAUCGUCAGAAGACGCCACCAUCAAAGUCUGGGAUUAUGAGUCCGGAGAUUUUGAACGUACACUAAAAGGUCACACAGACUCAGUUCAAGAUAUAUGUUUCGAUCACGCAGGCAAGAUGUUAGCUUCCUGCUCGGCUGAUAUGACGAUCAAGUUGUGGGAUUUCUCCACCUUUGAAUGUAUGAAGACCCUCCGCGGCCAUGACCAUAACGUCUCCUCGGUUAGUUUCCUUGCAACAGGAGAUCACCUAGUCUCAUCCUCCAGGGAUAAAACCAUCAAACAGUGGGAGGUAUCCACUGGAUACUGUGUGAAGACAUUCACUGGACAUAGAGAGUGGGUUCGUAUGGUUAGGCCAAGUCCAGAUGGAUCUCUACUGGCUUCUGCUUCUAAUGAUCAGACCCUACGUGUUUGGGUGGUAGCUACCAAGGAAUGUAAACUAGAACUGAGGGAGCAUGACCAUGUGGUGGAGUGUGUAGCUUGGGCUCCGGAAUCGGCAUACCCCACCCUAAAUGAACUUAAAGGAGUAGAGCUGAACAACUAUGAUGGUCUUGAGAAGAAAGGAGUUCGCUCUACACCAUUCCUUGUGUCUGGCUCACGUGAUAAGGCUAUUAAGAUCUGGGAUGUCAGCGCUGGAGGUUGCAUCAUGACUUUGACUGGACACGAUAACUGGGUGAGAGGAGCUGUGUUUCAUCCCGGUGGCAAGUUCAUCAUUAGUGUGGCUGAUGACAAAACAUUACGUGUGUGGGACUACAAGAACAAACGCUGUGCAAAGACAUUGCCAGCCCAUGACCAUUUCACCACUACGCUAGAUUUCCAUCGGUCCGCCCCAUAUGUGAUAACAGGCAGUGUGGAUCUAACCAUCAAGGUCUGGGAAUGCCGUUGAUGAUGACUGUUUCGUUGCAAGCUACCCCUUCUCCCACCUCAGUUUAUCCUGGAUAUGCUCUGUAAACACCUUUGUCUUCUUCACUCCUCUUCUCUUACUCCUCAAUGAUGCAGCAUGGCACACCCAUCAAGCAACCUCUGAUGUUGGAUGAUCGCUACGGGACACAUCUUUGCCGAUUCUUCAGUGAGAAGCUGCUGUAUGUCAGCGCAUGAAUGUAAUCAUAUCAAAGCAUUUGGAAGCAGCAUAAAAUGCCUGCAAGAAGGCUAAAACAGCAUAUGUUUAUAAUCAAAACAAGGAUAAAGCAAUUGUAAUUCUUUUGACAAUUCUCCAUUUUUGCAGAAUGGACAAGAUGCUCUUUUGUUGAUACUGCUUCUAUAACUUAUGCUCUGGUGAUUGUUCAAGCAAAAAGGUUGUAAGUGCUCUAUUUAUAAAUGAAAAAUUAAUGUAUCAACAGUGCCAGUCAGGAGAUGAGGAAGUGAAGAAAAUGAUUCUAAGGCAUGUUUUAUUUUCUCUCAAGAUAUAUUUUUGUUGCAAUACUGCUAUUCAGGAAUAUUUUUUGUUCAGCAUAUGCAGUCAACAAUUGGUGAGGUUCUUAGGAUACAAGUGUGAAUGGAAGAAGGAUUUAAGUAAUUAUUGGAGAGGAGCUUCGUUGUAGGUUUGCUUCUUAUGCAUCAUGUAUCUAAUGUGGAUGAGUUUAUGAUGUUUUGCAAAUUGGCAAGAAUAUUUGGACUUUACAUUAUGAUAUGAUAUAUAAACUAUUAUGAGCUGCACUCAUUAUUGUAGUCAAACAUUUUUAUGUUUAUAACUUUUCAUUUCACCAGGGGUCUGUAUCACAAAGCUUAGCUAUUAAUCGUAAAGUUGAUUUAUACACUUGAUUGUACAUUACGAUCAAUACAGUAAUCAAUCAGUCCUGCGAUCAAUCACUAAGCUUUGUUUUACAGAACCUUUAUGUCGUUAUGUACAUUCUCUAGUGGUCUGCAUCGUUCUACAAGUCAAAGUCUCUUUAUUUUUAUUAUGCAGAACUAUUGCAGAGCCAAUCAAUUUGGACAAGAUAUAGUCGUUAAUUAAGGCUUCGUUUGGAAGCUACAGUGUGAAUACAAAGAUGCUAUCAUUAAUAAAUCUAACUUAAAGAUUCAGCAGCUCAGCAAAUUAUUGUGAAUUGUGCAUUGGUGAAUGUUGAGAAUUGUAAUGCGAUAUUAUUACGCUCAGUCCAAUCUAGGUACCAUUUGGUUUAAUUGAUGUAUAUAGGAAGUAAUAUUGAUAAACUAAUUGCUACCAAAAUCGCUGUAUAAAAAGCACAGAAUUCUAAAUUGAAAAGGGCCGUCAGUGACCCUUUAUAGCCACAGGUACGUGUAGUCUGUGACUUGUAGUAUAGCUGUAGAGCUAGUGUAAUGUAUCGUAUGUGUGAAUGUAGUCAAUGUUUCAAUGAUGAAUAUCUCCUCCCUCUUAUAUAGUAACUAUAGAUUGUACCCAUUGACUGACAGUGUGUGUAUAUUUAUGUCGUUUGGGUGGUGCGCAACCCCAAAUCACAUACUACUUGCAUAAUGUUGUACAGAUCUAUGUGCAGAAAAGAUGGUCCAUGGUGUGACAAAGAAUACACAUGGGUGCAUAUGUAGUGAUUUUAAUGAAACUGUAUUGUAAGGAAUUCCCUGAAACACAAAACGCAGUGAUUGAUCAUAAGACAUGUUUUUAUGAUUGAUUUCAGUGACCACAAUGUGCAAUCAAUCAUGAAAAUAAACCAUGCAAUCACUUGCUCACCUUUGUGUCAUCAGGACCCGUGUGAGAUAUUUAUGGCAUUCAUUGUACACACCUUGCAUUAUCAUUGUUCACCAUUUGCAUUUAUGUGACACCAUUCUCAUUAUACUUCAAGAUAAAGUUAAUGUGUUUUUGGCAAGCAUUAUAUGGAAUCAAUUUUGAAUGAAACAAUGAUGGGAGUACAUGAUGAGAUACCAGUAAUAACUGGUUAUAACACCAAUACAUGCAUUUCCAGAAAUCUUUCAUUGACAUUCAAAUAUAAUUUGGCUUACUGAAAUUAAGCAAUGAACACAUUAUCUGCACAUUGAAAACCUUAGUAAAUUUUUUAAUUGAAUAUUUUAGCCCAUUCCCUCUGUGUACAUGUGAAAAUAUUAUUGAUAUACAAAUAGAUCAUAUCUGCCUUCAUGGUAUACGUUGCCUUGCUACAUGUUGUAGUAGUUUCAGUAAUGUGCAUGCAGUCUCUAGCAGGAUAUAAAGGACACCAAUUAUAGGGUUUUUUAUUUAUAUUAACAAAUACAUGUAUAUUUCUUUUGUAUUUGAGACAAAAUAGAUUUGCAUUAUGGUCAUACGUGAUGUUCUGCUUGUUCCGUUCCAUAUCGCUAAAUUUCACAUUUUGAUUUCAGGUGUCAGCCAGUACUUGCGUCGUCCUUGAAAGUUUGUGAAACGCAAUCAUGCAACCCCAUAUUUAUGUUUACCUCAACAAAAAAAUGUACAACCUGAAUUGCAUUUAUCUUCCCUAUUUUGGUCAAUUCUAAUGUUGUGUUUUGAUAUAAUUGCUGUAAAAAGGAAAUCAGAGGAAAUAUUAUUUUUUCAUGCACACGAUUGAAUAUACAUUUUACAAUUUGAUUACGCCAUAGCUAUUGAAUGUCGUUAAUCGUUGUUCCCUUUAAUAGGGUAGACUUAAUUUUGUAGAUCGAGCAAACUCCACCAUCCGCCUUGUGGCUGUCAUGUAAUAAGCUUAUCACCUGUUAACACUUGAUUGUAUGAGAUAUUAAAAAAGUAAUAAUUGAUUUUGUUAAAUACUUGCAUUAUUUUCGCCAUCGAGGCAUUUGAUUUACUACAACAAUGUCGGUAUAUAUUUUGAGAAAUAUUUGAAGAUAUAUCUUACUGUGGAAGUCUUAACAUAUCUGUAUCAUUGCUGACAAAUGUGCAUGUCAGUGAUGAGAAAAUGUGGUGUAGAUGAUUUUUAAAGCAAUGUAUGUUCGGGGUUAUUAACACAAGCAUGGAAUUUCAUGGAAAUACAUGCACGUCUUCAGCAGACGACGCAAAACUGGUAAAUCCAGCGAUGGAGUUUGUGUGGGGAAUUUGCAAUUUGUAUGAUAAAAUGAUAUGUAAAAAAAAAGAGGACGAGGGAAUUUACUAACAUACAUACAUGUAAAUGUUUAAAGUCAUGUGUAAAUUUUGUGUAAUGUCAUUUAAAAGCUGCUUUGAAAAUUUAGAAUAACAUUUGAUGACUCGAAAGAUUGGUUAGCUUGAUGGAAAAUUAGGUAUGUUGUCAAAGUCAAUUUUAGACAUUGCUCAGUGUGAGAAAUGAAUUAUAAUAAUGUAUAACAAGGCUUGCUAUAUAUGAAGACCACUAUAUUACACUGAGGAAUUGAUCCUCUAUCUAGGUUGUUAUAUUAGUCGUGUAAAUGGUGCAUUUAUUAUACAGUAAAUCUGCUUCAAGAAUCAAGCCUCAUGGUAGCCAUUGGUUUGAUAUUUUGUUUGAAGUUUGCUUUUCACCCUUAAUACAAGCACACAACUCAUUUGCUUAAUAGAGCACUUGGUAGCAUCGUGGAGAUAUUCAACAAAAAAACAGAGGAGGAAAAAUCUGAUCCAUAUCGUAUGUCAAAGGUCUUGGGCAACAGUAGAAAAGUGCUAACUGUAGAAAUUCAUUGAUAUUGUAAGCCACGCCUCCAUAGUUAGUCACACCCCAUUGUGGAUCCCUUGUUAAUGCACUGUACUACUAUCCAGCCAUGUAGACUUUAUGUCAUGCAAGUAGUAGAAAUUAAUAACUAUCAUUGUUUUUGAGGUGUACAUAUUUCUACAAUCUAUACAUCUAUUUGCCUUGUUUUUCUUUCCAAAUAGGUGAAAGAUGAUGUAGGCUCUUUCAUGGCAUCAGUUGCUUUUUACAUUCAAUAGUCAAGAGUUACAUAUAAUAGAAGCACAGAGACGCUAUAUGAUCAUCUGAGAAAAAAAAAAAAUUGAGCUAUACAAGAUCGAGGUGGGUUUUCACAAAGAAAGAAAGAAGUCACUCACAAUCUCUUUGUGAAAACCCUCUAUCAUAUCUGAUCUCGGUUUUGAGGUGUCCAUAUGUGAUGCCACUUUCAGAUGGCAAUUGGGGUGGAUUCGUCAACAAUUGUCUUUGUUUCAUUACUCAAGUUUGACAUGUAAUUCUCCCACACAACUUAAAUAUCAUCGAUUCCAUUUUUGGCAAGUUUUCAUUCAUUGUUAUGAAAGCACUCAAAAGGUUUCUUCAUGAACAUAAUGACAAGAUUUAGGGAUGGAGGCACUGGAAUUACUGUCACCUCUAACUUGGGAACUUGUUAAAUACGAGGACAAAGGAUAAAAAUGGAAAUUAUAUUGCAUUGUCUUUACAUAAUGACCACUGAUGUUAUUGACAGGAAUUCAAAGAUAUUUGUUUGAAACUUAGGGUCCGUUGCAGAAAGAGUUGCUUUAAAAGCAAGUGAAAAAAUAAAUCGCAAGUCCCAAUGCGCGCUUGGUUGAAAAUCAAGUUGCGCAUAAUUUUUAGAGUUGCGAUUGAUUGCAACUCUUUCUGCAAUGGGUCCCAGAAAGGUGAAAAUCAAUUCAUAAUUCUUUAGAAUAAAUCUGUAAUGUACUGUAUGUACAUUUCUAGUAAGAGGUAACUAUUUAUCAAAAACUUGUUCGAAUGUGGUGCACAUGAAUUUAUUUUUGUUUAGUAUAGAGUAGACAUGAUAUGUCUCCAUCAGACAAAUUUACUGGGUAAUGAAAAUCAAAUAUUGUAUCUAUCUGCAUUAUAUCCAUGUAAGCUUUCAGGUGCUUUCUCAGUCAAAUGUAUCCAGAAUCAUUAUGUCUUCGGCUACUAAAUCCUCCCGACUUGACCCGAUUCCUACAUGGUUUUUGAAAGAAAACAUUGUUCAUUUAUUACCAUUGCUCACAAAUGUAAUCAAUCAAUCUCUUUCUACAGGUAUUUUCCCUGAUCAAGCACAUUCAGCAAUCAUCAAACCUUUUUUGAAGAAAUCAGGGUUGGACGUAAAUGACAUCAGUAAUUAUAGACCGGUCUCAAACUUAACAUUUCUAGGUAAACUCAUCGAGAAGGCGGCAUGUACUCAACUAGCUGAUCAUAUUGAAUCUAAUAAUAUUUUUGAUCCUCUCCAAUCUGCCUAUAGGCCAGGUCACAGCACCGAAUCAGCUCUGAUCAAAGUAAAAAAUGAUAUCAUGUUUUCUCUCGACUCAAAUAAUGUAGUUUUUAUGGUGCUGUUAGAUUUAUCUGCCGCGUUUGACACAAUAGAUCAUAACAUUUUCAUAUCUCGGUUAUUCAAUAGAAUAGGCGUUAGGUCCAAAGUCUUAUCCUGGUUCCAAUCAUACCUGUCUGGAUGGACUUCGCAAGUUGAUAUUGACGGCACAUUGUCAAAUCCCAUAACUCUAGAAUUUGGACUCCCUCAGGGGUCAAUAGUCGGACCCAUAGGCUACUCAAUAUAUACUCUUCCAGUUGGCGACAUCAUCCGAAAUCACUGUAUCAAUUAUCAUUUUUAUGCUGACGACAUACAACUAUACGUUUCUUUUGAUCCGAAGACUCCUGGAGCUCUCAAUAAUGCACUGGUUAAACUCCAGAAUUGUAUAUCAGAUAUAAGACAGUGGAUGAUAGUGAAUAAGCUAAAAUUAAAUGACAAAAAAACUGAAUUUUUUGUUGCGGCCUCUACUUAUAACUUGCGCAAUCUUCCAAAUGUUCAACUUGAUGUUGAUGGUACACUUUUUAGACCAUCAGAAAAAAUAAGAAACCUUGGUGUCAUAUUUGAUUCCCGCAUGUCAAUGUCGUACCAUAUCUCUCAUAUCUGUAGCACAGUCACUUUUUAUUUAAGGAACAUUUCUAGAAUCAGAAGGUUCAUUGACCAGUCUGCCUGUCACAAUGCUGUUCGUUCAUUGGUUCUGUCUCGUAUUGAUUAUUGCAAUGGGCUCCUUUCUACAAUUCCCUCUAAUCAAUUAAUUCGUAUUCAACGACUACAAAAUUGGGCAGCACGAUUAAUUUUACAGGUUUCCCGAGAUCAUCCUUCCCAACCACUCUUUAAUUCUCUUCAUUGGCUUCCUUUUAAACAGAGAAUUACGUUCAAAUUACUCUUGAUUGUCUACAAAACACUGAAUAAACAGGCUCCACAGUAUUUAAGUAACUGCUUGAAUCUGUAUACACCAACUAGAGCACUUAGGUCGGCCAGUGAUCACCUUCGCCUCACAUAUUCAUUAACUCGUACAUUAGCUGGUGACAGAACUUUUACAGUGUCGGCUUCAAAAUCCUGGAACGACCUGCCACUAAUAAUUAGACAGUCUCCAACAUUAGCAAUUUUCAAAAAGUCAUUAAAAACUCAUCUCUUUCGUACUUUGUAGUUUUUAAAAUAUUACAUUUAAUUAAUUCAUUGUAAGCGCUUUGGGCCUAAUGGGAAAAGCGCAGUACAAAUAAUAAGUAAUAAUAAAUAAUAAAAAAAAAGCUCUGAUAAUUUAGCCUGUAUGUGUAAAGCAAAGGAGCGCAAGUGUAACUAUGUUAUGUCUUUUGUGUAAAUAAUCUUAGAGAUCAUAAAGAUGUCAUGUUUAAUGAAUCAAUCGGCCUGUGUUAUGCUUCAAUAUUAAAACAAUGUGACAUGCUGUGUAACACUA